GACCCUGGGACCUAGUCGAUCCAGAACAUGGAGAGAGCAGUAGCAGUAGACAGUUGACGUCCUCCAUGUUCACAGCCAUGUUUAGUAUUAUUAAUAUACUUGCGGGUCUGGCCAUUGUGCCAUUAUUUCUUUACAUCAGGAAUCCGUAUAUCUUUCACGACCUCGGCUAUGCGUUUCGAGCAAUUAGAUGCGUGACUCGGAUGAAAAGAAAGCAGAAGUUGAGUCCGUCGUUUUUGGGAUGUUUCCUGGAGAAGGUGGAGAGGCACCCGCAGAAACCCUUCAUCAUCUUUGAAGGCACCUCUCACACAUACAGUCAGGCCGAUAGACAGAGCAACAGGAUAGCCCGGGUGCUGUCGACCCACGCUCAGGUGAAGGGAGGUGACACCGUCGCCCUCUUCAUGGGCAAUGAGCCGCUCUUCGUGUGGUUCUCUCUGGCCCUGGCCAAGGUGGGCUGCAUCGCCUCUCUGCUCAACAGCAACAUCAGGUCCAAGUCCCUGCUCCACUGCCUGUCGUGCUGCGACGCCAAGGUCCUCAUCGCUGCUACAGAACUACGGGGGGCGGUGGAAGAGGUGAUGACCACCCUGCUACAGCAGGGGGUCCGCGUGUUCAUCCUGAGUGACGACAGCGACUCUGAGGGCAUGGAGGGGCUCAGUGCCAAGAUCCAGCAGGCCUCAGACCAGCCCCUGUCCCCCCACCUCAGGGCCAACAUCACCCUGAAGGGCCCAGCGAUGUACAUCUACACCUCAGGGACCACCGGGCUCCCCAAGGCGGCGCUGGUGACUCAUGAGCGGGUGAUGCAGGCGUCGCUCAUGUUUAGUUUGUCUAACGUCCGGGAGAACGACGUCUUGUACCUGUACCUCCCGCUCUACCACUCCUCGGGCUUCAUGAUGGGGCUCUGUGGGGCCAUGGAGACAGGGAUCACUGUGGUUUUAAGACGAAAGUUCUCCACUUCCCAGUUCUGGAACGACUGUCGGAAACACGACGUGACGGUUAUCCAGUACAUCGGCGAGAUCAUGCGCUACCUCUGCAGCACGGCGACGUCGCCCAGUGACAGAGACCACAAGGUCCGCAUGGCAAUCGGGAACGGCAUAAGAGCUGACACAUGGUCCGACUUUCUGCAACGCUUCGGAGAUAUCCGUAUCUGUGAAUGCUACGGAGCGACGGAAGGGAACAUUGGUUUCAUUAAUUACAUCGGAAAAGUUGGCGCUAUCGGAAAAGAGAAUUUCCUUCAAAAGAUGACGAUACCCUACGCCCUAAUAAAGUAUGACACGGAGAAGGAGGAGGCGGUCAGGGACUCCCGGGGAUUCUGUAUCGAGGUCCCGAAGGGAGAAACCGGUUUGCUGGUUGGCAAAAUCACCCCGAGGUCUGAGUUCAGAGGUUACGCGAAGAACAAGCAGCAGACGGAGAAGAAGAAGCUGCAGGACGUUCUGGUGAAGGGAGACAUCUACUACAACAGUGGGGACCUCCUUCAGAUCGACCACCAGGGCUUCGUCUACUUCCAGGAUCGGAUCGGAGACACUUAUAGGUGGAAAGGGGAGAACGUAGCCACCACCGAGGUGACAGACCACCUGGUGAUGGUGCACUGUAUCGAGGAGGCUAACGUAUACGGGGUGGCCGUGCCUGGACACGAGGGGAGGGUUGGAAUGGCGGCUCUCACGCUGAAGGAAGGCCAGGACUUUGACAGCAGCGCUACGUACCAGCAGGUCAAAUCCUGCCUGCCUGCGUAUGCAAGACCCCAGUUCAUCCGGAUCCAGGAUGCAUUGAUGGUGACCGGGACCCAUAAGCAAAUGAAGCGAGGGCUAAUGGAAGAGGGAUUCAACCCUGCGGUCAUCACAGACCCGCUGUACUACCUGGAGAGCAGUGAGGGCUAUGUCCCCAUGACCCAGGACAUCUUCAACAGCAUCACAGAGGGAAGGAUCAGGCUCUAAGCCCUCAAAGCAGGGAACACGGCGGAGAUCUGCCCUGCAUGGCUGAUAUGACUUCAAAAAAUUGGUUCUGAUUUAGGAUCAUCAGGGAGUAAUUAUGUUAAUGACAUUAAGCUUUUAUUUUGGUUUUAAUAAAACACAAUCAUCUGUAUAUUAACUCUGUAAUACAUCUUAAUAUUGCAUCCUAUUUGUGUAUCUUGCUAAAUCAUCGUAUUAAAUAUAUACAUUUUUUAAAUAAUGUACAGUGUUGUCAUUUAAAAAAAAUCAAAGCUUGGGCAGGAAAUGUGUGCAGUACUAACAAUUUGUCGGAAAACCUGAGUGACAAUAAGUGAUUAUGCUGUUGAACUUGGCUAAAGAUAAAAAGAGCAAACACUGAGUCACCUUUGGUCCAUUUUGAACAGCGAAGAGUGUUUGCACUACGGGCAAUCCUGAACAAGUCUCAUUACUGGAUGGCACUCUUAACCAGUUAUUGCUUUAACAUUAAUCACUUUAAAAAGAUGCAGGUGCACCGACUACACUAGGGGCCUUAUAGUGAGAAACGGCUUAUGGAUGAUGGUUGCCUAAACCUGCCAUCAUUCACACACUCAGACAGUUACCUAUGCCCACCUAUUCUAAAUGAUAUUGUAACUUCCGAUUUCUAUUUGUGAAAGAAAUUACACAUAUUUUAGUGAGUUUAAAUAUUCGCCUGGAAUGGAACGUUCUGCUGGGUCCGUAGUUAAACAUUUAUUAUGUUUGAUUCAUUCUCCUUCCUACCAAACGCGCUACAGUUACCCCAUUUGUACAAUAAUUACAAUCAUGCCCUUUGUCCUUUGUUGUUAGGACCUGGUGUGUAACGAGUCGGCUGGUUUUAACAGUAACGAUGAUUCGUGACAAAACCUGCUUUUGUAAAUCUUUUUAUUGUUCUGAAAACAUUACAUGACGGUCUUUGUCUUGGAAGCCAACAUGAACUUAUUUAAAGUGCCAGUGAAAUAAAUUGGAUGAAUACCUAAGAACGAAUAAUAAUGUUCUUGUGCA